CGACCCCAAGGUGGGCGGUCCUGAGGGCGGGGCCCGGUGGCGGGGGUGUGGCCUCAGGGCUGUGUGAGGCUUCUCCGUGGAAGAUGGGGAGGACCAGAUUGAGUGGCGGGAAACUAGAGAUGAGACCUUUUUGAGUGAGCCAAUGCUUGGGGAGGCAGACGCUAAGGCCCCUUCCGAGAUGGUUGCGUCCAGGAAUUCCGAUGUUGAUGCUUCUUGGGGGAAGGUCAGGUCAAGAAGCAUAGGCCAUCAAAGCCCUGAGACCUGAGGCAGCAGACCCUUGGGGAGCAUUGAGGACUGACUGGAAGACACUAGUGAUUGAUGGUGGUGCUGCUGAGUUUUUUAAGGGUCCUGAGGCAGGGCUCUGUCAAGUCUUGAGUGAGCUGCUUACUAUCCUAAGGGGGUGGGUAUGUGUGUGUGGGGAGGGAUGGCCCAGUUGUGAUCUGGUGAAGGGUGGGGACUCUGGGAGUUCAAGGUGCCUACGAUGGGUUAGAGUCCUAAGGCUUCUGCAGGAAGAGAUAGGUAGGCAGAAACCCAAAGAACCACAACAAUGAGCUAGGAGAAGGGAAGCGGUGAGUUUCUGGCAGAGGGUAAACAUGCCAAAGACUUUGAGGCUGAGAAUUUGUUACUUCGGGAGAAAGAGGGAAUUUCUGUGAGGCUGAGCAGGGGUGGGGUGGGACAAGUGCUGGAGAAAGGAGCAGAGGCCAGACCGUUUUAACCCUAGAUCUGACUUCAUAGUGGUGGUGGAGAGAGGCCCCAUGAAGGGUUUUAGGCAAGAAAAUGACCUGGGAAAUGCAGGUUAGAAAGCUCUUCAAGUGAAUUCCUCUACUCCAGUGACUUCCAGAGUGACUUUUGUAUUGCUGCAAUUCUCAAAUUCUGUCCAUGUGCACCUAUAAUCUGAAUUUCCAGCCCUCUUUGCUUAUGAGUUCCACGUCCAAGUGCACAGGUGCCUUCAAUUUGAAAUAUUCCUACUGGGUGCUCCAGCUCAACAGAGGGAACAACAGCCAGUCAGGUGCCUGAGUCUGAGCAUCUUCCUCAGCUCCCAAGCCAGUCUGGUUGAUUUUGACUUCAUACAUGUGGCCACUGUCUGUAUAUUGCCGUCAUUUGAGGCCAUGCAACUUUGUCUCCUAGACCCCCUCAGGAGCAUUCUCCCAGCCUAUCCUUGAGCUCUUUGUUUCUUAUUCCAACCACACGACUGUGCUCACCUCAGGGUCAUCAGACUUGCUAUUCUAUCUGCCAAGAAAGGUUCACCCAUCUCCCCCAUGCUUGCUCUUCCUUUGGUUACCACUGCUUAUUGAUUCCUCUCCGUCUAUAUGUUAUGUUCGCAAGGUGGCCUCUCCUGACACCCAGUCUGUUUAUUUUUUAAUUAUUAUUUUUUUAAUUUUAUUUUUGAGAGAGAGCGCAGGGGAGGAGCAGAGAGAGAGAGAGGGAGACACAGGAUCUGAAGCAGGCUCCAUACUCUGAGCUGUCAGCACAGAGCCUGAUGCAGGGCUCAAACUCACCAACUGUGUGAUCAUGACCUGAGCCAAAGUUAGAUGCUCAACCGACUGAGCCACCCAGGCGCCCUUCACCCAGUCUGUUUAGACGAGACCAGGUAUCAGCACUUUUGACAUUUUGGCCCAGAUCCUUUUUUUGUGUGGGGGGCUGUCUGUGCUGUGCAGGAUGUUUAGGAGCAUCCCUGGCUUCUACUCCUAGUUGCCAGUUAGCAUAGCUCCCAGUUGUGACAACCAGAAUGUCUCCAGAUAUUGCCAGAUGUCUUCUGGAGGGAAAAUCCUGUGGAAUAGAUUUUCCUCUUUUAUAUUCUUAAAGCAACCUGUAUAGUUCUUUCCUGGAACUUACCAGAGUUACAACAAUGUAGUUUACUUGGGUGAUACUGUUUAUUGUCUGCCUGAUGGGCAGGAGUCUGGGUCUGUGCUUGUCUUACUACUCCAGCACGUAGUUAGUUCCUUGUCUGGUUUAUAAUUGAUGCUCAGUUCAUGUCUAUUGAAUGUCGAAAAAUGGAGAUUGCAAGCUAAGAAUAUCAUGAGGAACUGUUAAUGUCAUCUCAGGUUAAGGUGAUAUCCUGGGGCAAAGUCACUGUGGUGGGAAGGAUUUGCAAAAUCUUUAGAAAAUGAGCACUCGGAACAUGAGAAGAUGUGGGAAGUUUAGAGGAGUAAGUGGUGAGCUUCCUGCUUUGGGGCUGGGGCUGAGUAGAGGGUGGCAAUGGUUGAGAGAACUUGAAGGUGAACUAGUAGAGUGGGAAGUGCCUGCAGGGCAGGCAGGAGGUGGCUUAGGGUCAUGGGAACCUUGGCUGUCAAAGUAGGGGCUGCCUCUCCUGGUUCUUCUCAUCAGUGUUGAACAUGCUCACAUCUGAGCUUCAAGGAAGAAGUUUCUGGAAAUCCAGAGGCGUUCUGCUGUGGCCCCAAGGUGGGAGGAUCACCUUUAGGGACAGCCUCUGCCCUGGGGGAGGGAUGGGUUGGGGGGGGCGGAAGAGGGCGUGUAGAAGCAGAUGAGGCUGAGGAUUUGGGAGAAAGGCUGACAGGCUUCCAGUGGAAGGAUGAGAAGUUAGGUGGGGCGAGGAAGAGCCUGUGUUUGAGGAAGUCAGGUUGAACUGAGUAUCUGAAUGUCAGCAUUGAAAGUCCAGCUGAAGCUGAGGCCGGGGAUUGUCCAGGGUUCAAGCCUGCAGGGUCGUGUGUUCUAAUGCAUUCGCAGGCUACAUGCCCGAGUUUUCCCUGCCCUCGUCUCUUCAUGACUUAUCAGAGGUGAGGUUCUGAUGUGGCUCUCUGCCUCUGUCUAGGUGAGGGGCCAGAUGUCCUGGUGUACAGCCUCGAUUUUGGUGGCCAUCUGCGGAUGAUGAAGCGCGUGCAGAACCUGCUUGGCCACUAUCUUAUCCAUGGGUUCCGGGUGCGACCAGAACCAAACGGAGACCUUGACUCGGAGGCUAUGGUGGCUGUGUUUGGGAGCAAGGGACUCCGAGUUGUGAAAGUUAGCUGGGGACAGGGCCGCUUCCGGGAGCUCUGGCGCUCUGGCCUAUGGAACAUGUCUGACUGGAUCUGGGAUGCACGUUGGCUUGAGGGGAACAUAGCCUUGGCCCUGGGCCAUAACUCAGUAGUGCUAUACGACCCUGUGGUAGGGUGCAUGCUGCAGGAGGUGCCCUGCACAGACAGGUGCACCCUCUCCUCAGCCUGUCUGAUCGGAGACACCUGGAAGGAGCUGACCAUAGUGGCAGGUGCUGUUUCCAAUCAGCUCCUUGUCUGGUACCCAGCAGCUGCCUUAAUAGAUAAUAAGCCUGUGGCCCCUGACCGACGGGUCAGUGGGCAUGUGGGUGUCAUCUUCAGCAUGUCGUACCUGGAAAGUAAAGGCUUGUUGGCCACAGCUUCAGAAGACCGAAGUGUCCGCAUCUGGAAGGUGGGUGACCUGCGGGUGCCUGGGGGUCGGGUACAGAAUAUUGGGCACUGCUUUGGGCACAGUGCCCGUGUGUGGCAGGUCAAGCUACUAGAGAAUUACCUUAUCAGUGCUGGAGAGGACUGUGUCUGCUUGGUAUGGAGCCACGAAGGUGAGAUCCUCCAGGCCUUUCGGGGCCACCAGGGUCGUGGCAUCAGGGCUUUAGCUGCCCAUGAGAGGCAGGCCUGGGUGGUUACUGGGGGUGAUGACUCAGGCAUCCGGCUGUGGCACUUGGUAGGGCGUGGGUACCCAGGUUCGGGGGUCUCAGCUCUCUGUUUCAAGUCCCGUAGCAGGCCAGGUACCCUCAAGGCUGUGACGCUGGCUGGCUCAUGGCGACUACUGGCAGUGACUGACACAGGGGUCCUGUACCUCUAUGACUUUGAGGUCAAGUGCUGGGAGCAGCUGCUGGAGGAUAAACGCUUCCAGUCCUACUGCCUCCUGGAGGCAGCCCCUGGUCCUGAGGGCUUUGGACUGUGUGCCAUGGCCAAUGGGGAGGGUCAUGUCAAGGUUGUCCCCAUCAACACUCCAACAGCAGCUGUGGACCUGACCCUGUUCUGUGGGAAGGUGCAUAGUCUGAGCUGGGCCUUGCGUGGCUAUGAGGAGCUCCUGUUGCUGGCAUCGGGCCCUGGUGGUGUGGUGGCUUGCCUGGAAAUCUCAGCCGCACCCUCUGGCAAAGCCAUCUUUGUAAAGGAACGUUGCCGGUACCUACUGCCUCCAAGCAAGCAGAGAUGGCACACAUGCAGUGCCUUCUUACCCCCUGGUGACUUCCUGGUGUGCGGGGACCGUCGGGGCUCUGUGUUGCUGUUCCCCUCCAGACCAGCUCUGCUCAAGGAUCUUGGGAUUGGGGGCAAGGCCGGAGGUGUCACUGGAGCACUUGAAGCAGGUAGUGGCAGUGGUGGGGAUGAAACUGAGUGGGGCCCUGUGUCCACCCUCCCUUCUCUGCACGGGAAGCAGGGUGUGACCUCGGUCACCUGCCAUGGUGGCUACGUGUAUACCACAGGGCGUGAUGGCGCCUAUUACCAGCUCUUUGUGCGAGGUGGCCAACUCCAGCCAGUCCUAAGGCAGAAGUCCUGUCGAGGCAUGAACUGGGUGGCUGGGCUCCGUAUGAUGGCUGAUGGGAGUAUGGUCAUCCUGGGUUUCCAUGCCAAUGAGUUUGUAGUGUGGAGUCCCCGAUCCCAUGAAAAGCUGCACAUCGUUAACUGUGGUGGAGGGCACCGCUCCUGGGCCUUCUCUGAUACCGAGGCGGCUAUGGCCUUUGCCUACCUCAAGGAUGGGGAUGUCAUGCUGUACCGGGCUCUGGGUGGCUGUACUAGGCCACACGUGAUCCUCCGGGAGAGCCUGCAUGGCCGUGAGAUCACUUGUGUAAAGCGUGUGGGCACUAUCACUCUGGGACCUGAAUUUGAGAUGCCCAGCUUCAUGCAGCCUGACUACUUGGAGCCCGGCAGCGAGGGGCCUGGCCUGACUGACAUUGUGAUCACAUGCAGCGAGGACACCACUGUCUGUGUCCUGGCGCUCCCCACAGCCACUGGCUCGGCCCAUGCACUUACAGCUGUCUGUAAUCACAUCUCCUCGGUGCGUGCGCUGGCUGUGUGGGGCAUUGGUACCCCAGGUGGCCCUCAGGAUCCUCGGCCAGGCCUGACUGCUCAUGUGGUGUCUGCGGGGGGCCGGGCUGAGAUGCACUGCUUCAGCAUCAUGGUCACCCCAGACCCCAGCACCCCAAGCCGCCUCGCCUGCCAUGUCAUGCACCUUUCGUCCCACCGGCUAGACGAGUACUGGGACCGGCAGCGCAAUCGGCACCGGAUGAUCAAGGUGGAUCCAGAGACCAGGUAUAUGUCCCUAGCUAUCUGUGAGCUCGACAGGCCUGGCCUUGGCCCCCUUGUGGCUGCAGCCUGUAGUGAUGGAGCAGUGAGGCUCUUUCUUUUGCAGGACUCUGGGCGGCGGCUGCAGCUCCUGGCUGAAACCUUCCACCACAAGCGGUGUGUCCUUAAGGUCCAUUCCUUUACACAUGAGGCACCCAACCAGCGGCGGAGGCUGUUCCUGUGCAGUGCAGCUACUGAUGGCAGCUUGGCCUUCUGGGAUCUCACUACUGUGCUAGACCAUGGUUCCACUGCCCUGGAGCCUCCAACGGACCCCGGGCUUCCCUACCGACUGGGCACCCCCUGCCUGACCCUCCAGGCUCAUAGCUGUGGUGUCAACAGCCUGCACACCUUGCCCACACGUGAGGGCCACCUUGUGGCCAGUGGCAGUGAGGAUGGCUCCCUCCAUGUCUUUGUGCUGGCUGUGGUGGCACCAGAGCUGGAAGAGGCCGCUGGGGGUGCUGAGCUGGUGCCCCAGUUGGAUGUGCUGGAGGAAUACUCUGUCCCCUGUGCACAUGCUGCCCAUGUGACAGGCCUCAAGAUCCUAAGCCCAAGCCUUAUGGUCUCAGCCUCCAUCGACCAACGGCUGACCUUCUGGCGUCUGGGGCAUGGUGAGCCCACCUUCAUGAACAGUACCGUGUACCACGUCCCAGAUGUGGCUGACAUGGACUGCUGGCCUGUGAGCCCUGAGUUUGGCCACCGCUGUGCUCUUGGGGGCCAGGGGCUUGAGGUUUACAACUGGUAUGAUUGAAGUGUCCCGCGGUGGCCGGCAUGCUGGGUAUGGGGCCUGCUCGCAGACGGAGUGGAACAGGAGUGACUGUCUGUGCCCAUGCCCAGUGUGCCUUGAGGGGAGGAGGCGGCAGCCGCGGGUUCCUGACGUCAGA